CCGAGGCACGAGGAUCUGUUGUUCCAACCUGGCGUGAAAAUGCGGCCUUUGACUGAAGAGGAGACCCGCGUAAUGUUUGAGAAGAUCGCGAAAUACAUCGGGGAGAAUCUUCAGCUGCUGGUCGAUAGGCCCGAUGGCACUUACUGUUUUAGGCUGCACAACGACCGAGUAUACUACGUGAGUGAGAAGAUUCUGAAGCUGGCCGCCAAUAUCUCCGGGGACAAGCUGGUGUCACUGGGGACCUGCUUCGGAAAAUUCACUAAAACCCACAAGUUCCGGUUGCACAUCACAGCUCUAGAUUACCUUGCACCCUAUGCCAAGUAUAAAGUGUGGAUAAAGCCUGGAGCAGAGCAGUCCUUUCUGUAUGGGAACCAUGUGUUGAAAUCAGGUCUCGGUCGAAUCACUGAAAAUACUUCUCAGUACCAGGGAGUGGUGGUGUACUCCAUGGCAGAUGUCCCUUUGGGUUUUGGGGUGGCAGCAAAGUCUACACAAGACUGCAGGAAAGUAGACCCCAUGGCGAUUGUGGUAUUUCAUCAGGCGGACAUUGGGGAAUAUGUGCGGCAUGAAGAGACGUUGACUUAAAACAAAGUCAUCACAAGGACUUUUGGCUGUGUGCAAGGGCCUAGUUUUGUUUUGUGUCUGCAUAGACUCCACCAUUAUGUUGAGUUUUGUCAACACUGGGACCUCUUCAGGGACUUCUUAGUUUAAUAUUCUCUCUGUCACUGACAAAUGCAGGCUGGAUUCUUAUUAUACAGAAAUGGCUCAAAAAUGGGGUUUCAGAUCUUUGUGUUUGUGACUAAAUAGAAUACUCUCAUAUUUGAAUCAGAGGGCUUCUUGUUCUGAGUAACAGGUUCUAAAUCAUUGGAACUGAGGACAAGAAUAACUUAUUAUUGUUAUCUGUGAUAACACUUUGUUUUCCAAACUUGUAAUAAGAACACAACGGAUUUUUAUCUGUUAUUAAUAUCAUGAAAGAUAGAUAUUACCAUAUUAGAAUAAUAGGUCACAUCUGGGAUUUUACAAAUGAAGUUUGGCUAACACAAUAAGAGCAAUUUAUUCAGCUACUUUUCUGUACAGUAAGUGCUAUGUGGUGUGGAAGAAAAACUUGUAUUCAAACUCCAGUUCUGCCUACCUGCUAUAUGGCCUUGGAUGAGUCAUUCAACUUUAAUAAGUUUCUUUUUCUUCUGUUUAAAAAAACACAAAACUAAAACACAGCUUUACCUAUCUACCUAAGAAUGGCUUGUAGAAUUAGAAAUCAUGAUUGUAAAGCAUGUAGCACAGUGCCUGGCAAAUGAGAGCUGUUGAAUAAAUGUUGAGUUAUUUUUAUUUUGAAUAUACUAUGAGUUUAAUUUGAUUAAAUUAGUUUGUUUUUUACAAGCUGUUUUUUGAUCUUGGAUGGGAUGAUCCCAAGCUGAAAUGUAUUUUUCAUCACCUUGAUUUCAUAAAACAUAAUUUAUUUUAUGAAUCUGUACUUACCUGACUGGACUAGACACAAAGCACUAAUCAGAGACCCUAAAAUAAUAAUUCAGCUCCUUUGUCCUUCCCCGUGUCUCCCAAAAUUACUUCUAGAAUUAGAUAUUUUUUAAAAAAUAACAUUUUAUAGACAGAACAUUUUAAAACUACCUGUAUUGUAAAAUAAUUUCUUUAAUGAAUAUACUGCUUAUUUUUCAUUCCAAAGGUGACAUCUCUAAAAAUAAAACAUUUUCAACUACAAAAA